GAGGAAAUCAGUGCGUAAAGCGGUGAAAACCGAAGUGCGCUCUCCCUCCCUUCGCAUUUGACCUGCAGCUCCGUUCGACAGACAUCAGCGCUGCCAAUAGGAAGAUAGUCUGAAGAUGUCGGACGAAGGGAAACUUUUCAUCGGAGGCCUUAGCUUCGACACCACCGAAGAGUCUCUGGCUGCGGCCUUCGGAAAGUACGGAACCAUCGAGAAAGUGGAUGUGAUUAAAGACAGAGAGACUGGAAGAUCUCGCGGAUUUGGCUUUGUUAAAUAUGAUAACCCAGAAGACGCUAGAGACGCUAUGGACGCCAUGAACGGCAAGAGUCUGGAUGGCAGGCAUAUUCGUGUGGAUGAAGCAGGAAAGGGUGGACGCCCCAGAGGAGGUGGAGGAUUUGGGUCAGGCCAGCGAGGCAGCAGAUUCGGUACCUCAAGAGGUAGAGGCGGAGGCGGGCGUGGUUACUCCAGAGGCGGUGGAGGAUACAAUGGAGAUCGGGGAUAUGGUGACAGGAGUUAUGGUGAAAGAAGCUUUAGCAGUGGAGACAGGAGCUUUGGCGGUGGCCAGUACAGGAGUGGAGGAGGCGGCGGUGGAUAUUCUUCCGGUGGUGGCUACAGAGAGAAUAGGAGUCAGGGUGGAUACAGUGAUCGCUCGUCAUCCUACCGUGAGGGAUAUGACAACUAUGCUACACACGAGUAAACAUCUCCCUGAUUCAAGAUCAUCACUUGGCUGGCUGUAUUUCAAAGAUGCGCUCCUCAAGAAAAAUGUCCACGUGUUAUUGCUGACCUUAGUUUUGUAGUUCUGUUGUAGUAGCUCAAGCAUCUUAAACUUGUAGCCAUGAGUUUUGGUCAUUCCCUAACAAACCAUGUUUAAACAAUAACAGUUCAACACUCUUGCCUUGUUUAAUUGGGCAUCUGCAUUCCUCUAAAAAAAAAAAAGCUAACUAAAAGGCAUCUGUGUAAUCUGAUAUUAAUGUAAUGUCCCAUUUUGGGGAUCCAACAUUGGUUCUCCACAUGGCUUUUCGUUGAACAGCCACUACCAUUGCUGUAGACUUCUGUCCAGCGCGUUAAAGUGUUUGAUUUGAUUACUUAUGUUUUUUUUUUUCUUUUUUACAUCUGAAUAAGUGAUGGGGCUUACUUGUUCGUUUUCUAAUUUCCCCUCUGAAGUCUCUGACCUACCUCCUGCCAGGUUUUAAACUGACUGAGGAACAUCUACACUUAAAUAACGCUUUUCUGGGGGGGAUUUUAUGCUAAAUUCCUUUUUACUAUUAAAACUUAGUUUAGUUGAGGCUCCUGUGUGUUCAAUUUCCCAAAAGAGUGAAUUCCUUUCAGACUGGUGAACUACACAUCCGAAGUGGCCGGCUGUUCAUGAAGUUGCAAAUUGCAGCAUGCUACAGUCUGUCCAAGGUAUCUUCUGUGCUCUGCUCAACAUCUGCAUUUUUAAAUGUGCUGUAAAAUGGACUAAUCUUGUUUAAGUGAUCGAAAAAUGUAACUUCAUUUCCCCAAAGUAUAUUAUCUCAACCGGGAACAGUUUUGUACUUUAUGUUCUUUGUAUGAUCAACAUUUUUUUUUCUUGUCAGUUUGGCUUCAUGGAGCCUAUUAAACAGACUGUGGAAAAUAAUCUUGGUUCCUUUGCCUUUCAAAACUACCACAUGGGGGAGUUUAGCAGAGCGCUUUACUCAUUUCUAUAAUUCUUCGUGAGAACCUGUUUAAAGCACCAGAAUUUACACGUGAAUUGCAUUGGAGGGCAAUUAAUAAUUGGCCAAUCAGAUAAAAUGGAGUGAAAAAGUAAUUGGAUUUAACCUUUGGAGAAAAAAAAAAAUUAACCUGCACUUGAUGUAUCUACCUGCCUGGAUACAGAUUUGAUGGCAAAAUGUUUAAUUCCAAAUUUAUUAUAAAUCCAACUUAAGUAUUGAACCUUUUGAGGUUUGAAUGUAUAAUUACCUAAAAGUUGCACAUGGAAAUGCUGGUAAACAUUAGCUGGUGUCUGGUCAUGUUAAUCCUUCAUUACAUUCAAGUGGUCAGCUACUUCAAAAACCUACAAGUCCUUGGAGAAUGAAGUGUUGCGCCUACCAACAAGUGCUCAUCAGAGAUGAAAGCUGCUCUUGCCUAGGUCAUAUGUGGAGAAAGUAGGCCAAUGCACGUGAGGUAAAAAUCUCCUUUUGCUUUGCUCACAUCCUUCAAACUCAGUUCUCAUUGUUUCCAUGAAUACCUUCAAGUUAGUCGCUGUUUAGUCCUCUGCUUCAGAUGUCGCCUACAAACAUGCCAUGGCCUCUUCCAGAUUUUGCUUCUUAAAGACAUGUUUCUAUGGAGCUCUUGGAUUUUAGAGUCACCUUCUCGAGUCCUCCAAAACAAAGCAGUGCCCUCUGACUCAUGGGUAUUUGUUCUCAGACCACCUCUGUUCACUGCAUUAGUCCUCAAAUUUGCUCCAGUAAUGCCCCACAGCAGUCCUAAUUGACGUAUAAGGUGUCUAGACUGUAUUCAGUUUUUCUUUGCACCCAUAUAUAUGAAUAAGCGGUGAGUUUCAGACUCAUGUAUAGUGUUGCAUGCAUUUUGUUGUGAUUUGUCUUGUCAAGCCAUUAGUGACUAGGCUUAAUCAUCUCCUCUCUUUUUCUUCAGGUUGAGUGGACUGUUGGAGGCUUCACUAGAUGACCUCACAGCAUGAUGUACAUCCAGCCUUAGAAGGCAGAGUGUUGCAGAUGCACUUAUCGGGUUCACCAUGAGGCAGCUGAUAGCAGUGGCUACACAGAAACCCUGAUGCGCCUGCAGACAAAAUAGAGCCAGGAGAUAGAGAAAAAGAUACAGGACAAAAUGAUGGCUCUGUUUAAAGUCCUUGAAAUGUGAAACUUGGACAUAGAAGCAGGCAACCACAUUUUGCUUGAACAAAAGUACAGUGAAACUGAAAUGUAAUGAUUGUGGUUCCAGUUAAAUGUAAUAUGUUUUCUGCCAUUUCAUCAACUGCAGAAAUAAAGUUUUUGGGAAAAC